CUCAGUUUUCUAAUUCGCAGCGUAGAGUGAGCAACACAAGCGGCGGAUACUUGCUGAAAUGGUAGUUGAGAAGGUUGUCUUGGCAUAUUCUGGUGGCUUGGACACGAGCUGCAUACUCAAGUGGCUGCUGGAGCAACAUUAUGAGGUCAUAUGCGUGAUGGCUGAUGUUGGCCAAAAGGAGGAUUUUGAGGCAGCCCGUCAAAAGGCGCUCAAGAUAGGUGCCAAACAAGUAGUUGUUGCUGAUGUCAAACAAAGCUUUGUCCAGCACUAUAUUUGGCCGGCGAUCCAAAUGGGUCUUAUCUACGAAGAACGUUAUCUGCUUGGCACCUCCUUAGCCCGACCGUGCAUCAGUGUUGCCCUAGUGGAAGCCGCAAGAGAGCACGGAGCAAAGUACUUGGCGCAUGGCGCAACUGGCAAGGGCAACGAUCAGGUGCGCUUUGAGCUCUCUGCUUAUGCGCUGCAGCCAGAUCUCAAGAUUAUUGCACCUUGGCGCGAUGUGGAAUUUUGUCGACGCUUUCAAGGUCGUCUGGAUCUUAUUACCUAUGCAAAAGCUCAUGACAUUGAGGUGACAGCGAAGCCAUCCACACCCUGGAGCACUGACGCCAACAUACUGCACAUAAGCUACGAGUCGGGUGUACUAGAAGAUCCCAACACUGUCGCUCCUAGCAGUCUAUACGAGCUUACACUGCAUCCGCUCACCCAAGCGCCACAGACUUCCACUCGCGUGUGCAUCCAUUUUGAACACGGUCUGCCAACGACCGUCAAGGAUGUGGCAAGUGGGCGAGAGUACAAUACUCCACUGGAUAUGCUCACAUUUCUAAAUGAGCUGGGCGGCAAGUAUGGCAUUGGACGGAUUGAUAUUGUCGAGAACCGAUAUGUAGGACUGAAAUCUCGCGGUGUCUACGAGACUCCCGGUGGCACAAUUCUCUACGCCGCGCAUCAAGACCUGGAGGUAUUUUCUCUAGAUCGCGAGGUACUGCGUACAAAGCAACUAUUACGCGAUCGCAUGUCCGACUAUGUGUACAAUGGCUUCUGGUUCAGUCCAGAGGCGCUCUACGUACGACGCUGCAUUGAGUUGGCGGAGGAGCAGGUCACUGGUCAGGUGACCAUUGAGUUAUCGCCCGGAUACUGUCGUGCCAUUGCUCGCAAAGCCAACGAUUCAGCGGGUGCGCUCUACAACAAGCAACUGGUCUCAAUGGAUGAGCAUGGUGGCUAUGUGCCACAGGAUGCUGGAGGAUUCAUAGCCAUCAAUGCAGUGCGCAUCCGCGAGCACGUGCGUGCCUUCGGAGCCUAUUCCACGGACAAGUAGCUGGCAAUUAAAUUACUUAAUAAAUGCAUUAUUCUGUUAUGCCACCUCUAUUUUCUAUUCUUUUUUCACUCACAACUCAAU